AUGAAUGCAAGUCUUCAAGAUAGAAUGAAAAAGAUGAAAUGCAUCGAAAGCAUUGGAAGACAUAUACUACAAGAGAGACAAAGAAAAGCUAAACACUUUUAUAUACAAUCCCAAGAAUCGCAGAAAAAGUUAGAGGAACGAUUAUCACAUGAAGAGGACACUGUAGCAGCGUUACGUGAAGAACUAUCCAUGAAGGAAUUGAGCAUCAGCGAACUAAAGAGUUCCAUGAAACAGAUUUCGUCGCAAUUGCAAGAUUCUGUUGAAGAAAAUAUGGAUAUUAAUGAUAAAUUAAAAAAGUUGCAGAUUAUAAAUAGUAAAGGAUCUUUGGAAUCAAAUAGAAAAAUAUAUAAACAGCUUCGUCGUAAUGUGAAUAAGUUAAAAGACUUAGUAAAAUUAUAUUAUCAAAAAAAAGAGGGUCAUGACUUAGAACUAUCUCUACUUUUGGGCACAGCCGGAGGAGAAGCAUCAAGGACGGUGGGUAAUCAGGAACAAUCUCUGAGCGACGAAGUGCGUGCACUCACGAACGAUAUCGACGAAUUACGAACAUUUCUAGCCGAUCAGUAUGCCGAGGAGUUAGCCAACAAUAUAGAAGGCAAUAAUUGCAUCACGCAAUGAUUCAAACCCUCCUACAAGUUUGUAAAUAUGACAAAGGUUACGGUUACAGUAUUUUGAAGCGUCUGCCAUCAGGCGGACCGGCAGGCGGAAUGCCUGACCGUUGAUGUCAGGUCUGAUCGCCACGCUAGCUAGUACGCCAGUAAUCAUAAUAUAUAAAUUAAUAAGAUGUAUGUAAAUUAAUAUAUAUAUAAUCCAUGUAAUUAAUUUAUUUAUAUUUGCUGAUUUAUGCAUGCCAAAAAAGAAUAUAUAUAAAGAUAAUGAUUGGAUAUCCAUGCAGCAUAAAGAAUGUCUGGACGUCAAUGUAUAAAGUACAAACAACGUUUUCAGGUAAAACUAAAGAACCCUCGGAACGUGAACCAAUAUUUCCAUAUAUCGCUGGGAGAAAUGUGGUUUUAAAUAGCUCUUUAGACUUUAAAAGUAAAGUACAAUUUUGCGUGGGAAUAUAGGCAUGUGGUUUCAACAGAUGUUAUCAUCUCGUGACGUUCAAAAUCUUUAUCGAUGACAGUAGUAUGCUGAUGAAUCUUAAAAUGCAUUGUAUAAUAACAUUUGCUAAAAAGUGAAUCUUCUUGUUCUUUCUAUCUGAUCUCCAUAGCUUGAUUUAA